CAGGGAUGUAACAUAAGACCUGUAGUUUUAGACUAAACAUUCUAUUGAAUAAUGGAGAAAUUUUAUAAAAGCCAAAUUAAAGAGAAACCUGUGGGCGUAAUAAACGCGAUAAUGAGCAACAACAUAACAAACAGCUAAUUAAACACUCAAUUGUUUUCUGUGAUCCUAACCCUCAAAAACAACGCGCCAAUGUUUGAGAAAGCCUCAACAGUUUCCAAUGUAUCAACAACAAAGUAUAAGGUCAUUCUUCAAGCCCAGGACCUCGUCAGAAGCCGCUUCACCUGACGACGGUUCACCCAAAGGGGAAAAGAGGCCCAGGGGUUCCAGCAGCGAAGGCGCCGCCGUCGAAUCUCCUAGUCCCCGAAAUCGCAAGGCUAAGUCGAAGAAAGUGAAGAUUGAAGCUGAACAGGUUAAACCCAAAAAAACACAACCAGAGCAGGAAACGGUCAAGCAAACGGCGCCUGAAGAGAAAGCGAGCAGCAAAAUCAUCUUUGGAAAACCGCCCUCCAGUCAAGCGGAGCAAGUUUGCUACAACCCCAGAGCCGCCGGCUACCACCCCAUCGAGGAUGCAACCUGGAAAAGGGGCGAAAGGGUCCCCUACAGUGCCUUGGCCAGCACUUUGGAGAUCAUCGAAGAAGUCUCGGCCAGACUAAAGAUGAUCGAAAUACUGAGCAACUUCUUCCGUUCCGUCCUCGUUCUCACUCCGGAAGACCUGUUGCCCAGCGUCUAUUUGUGCCUCAACAAAAUAGCGCCCGCCUAUGAAGGCAUCGAGCUUGGCGUAGCGGAAACUAGCCUAAUGAAAGCGAUCGCCCAGUCCACUGGGCGCACAGUGAGCCAGAUAAAGAGCGACGCCCAAGACAGCGGAGACCUGGGCGUCGUUGCCGAACAGUCCAAGUCCAAUCAACGGAUGAUUUUCAAGCCCGCCAGAUUAACUGUGAAAGGAGUAUUUGAUAAGCUGAAGGAAAUUGCGCAGAUGACUGGCCAUGCUUCCCAAACCAAGAAGGUGGAGAAGAUCCAGACUAUGUUUGUGGCCUGCCAAGGCCCGGAGGCCCGCUUUCUCAUUCGCUCCCUGCAUGGAAAGCUGCGGAUCGGCCUGGCCGAGCAAUCAGUGCUUCAGGCUCUAGCUCUGGCCUGCGCCGUCACUCCACCCGGCCAGGAGUAUCCUCCGAAGGAGAUCAACGCCUCCAAAGGCCGCUCGGCGGAAAGCUUCAAGGCCCACGUCGACCAGUUGGCGUUGAUUUUGAAGACCGCGUACUGCGAAUGCCCCAACUACGGCAAAAUCAUCCCGGUGCUCCUGAAGGAGGGCAUUGAGAAGCUGCCCGAUAAUUGCAAGCUGACCCCCGGCAUUCCCUUGAAGCCCAUGCUGGCGCACCCCACUAAAGGCGUGCAGGAGGUGUUGCAGCGAUUUGAGGGCAUGACGUUCACCUGCGAGUGGAAGUACGACGGGGAAAGAGCGCAGAUCCACAUCCACAAAAAGGACGUGUCGAUAUUCAGCAGGAACCAGGAAAACAACACGUCCAAAUACCCGGACAUAAUAGCGCGCUUGGAUAAGUGCAAAAGCGACGGCGUGGAGUCCUGCAUUUUGGAUUGCGAAGCGGUGGCGUGGGACAGGGAGAAGCAGCAGAUCCUGCCCUUCCAAAUCCUGAGCACCAGAAAGCGAAAGGACGCCAAUGAGGCCGACAUCAAAGUGCAGGUGUGCGUCUUCAUGUUCGACCUGCUGUACCUGAACGGUGAGCCCUUGGUGAAGCGGCCUUUUAAGGAACGGCGCGAGUUGCUGAAGCAAAACUUCCGCGAGCACGCGGGCGAGUGGCUGUUCGCCACCUGUUUGGACACGACCAAAAUGGAGGAAGUCCAGGAGUUUUUGGAUGAGAGCGUCAAAGGGAAUUGCGAGGGUCUAAUGGUGAAGACCCUGGAGCAGGAUGCCACGUACGAAAUCGCCAAACGAUCGCGCAAUUGGCUGAAGCUGAAAAAGGACUACUUGGAGGGCGUAGGCGAUACAUUGGACGUGGUGGUGAUUGGGGGGUACUUGGGCAAGGGCAAGCGAACGGGCACUUAUGGCGGAUUCCUGCUGGCCUGCUACGACAAAGAUUGCGAAGAGUACCAAAGCAUUUGCAAGAUUGGGACAGGCUUUAGCGACGAGGACCUGCAAACCCACACACAGUUCCUCAAAGAGCAGGUCGUGCCCAAUCCCAAGAGCUACUACCGCUACGACUCCUCCCUUGAGCCAGACCAUUGGUUUGAGCCGGUUCAAGUUUGGGAAAUCAAAUGUGCCGAUUUAUCCCUGUCCCCCGUCCACCGGGCCGCCUUAGGAAUCGUGGAUCCAGAAAAGGGCAUUUCGCUGCGCUUCCCCAGAUUCAUCCGAAUCCGGGAGGACAAGAACGUGGAGGACGCCACCUCCGCCCAACAGGUCGCCUACAUGUACUCCAAUCAGGAGCAGGUCAAGAACCAGCAGGCCGACGGCGGCAAGUUCGCAGAAGAAGACUUUUACUAAGAUUAUCAGGUGCCGAUUUUUAUAAAUUAUCAUAAUCUUCAGAUCUACCACUGAAAGAGUUUGUUAAAGUUUUUAUUUCAACAACAUCACACUUUAGAAAAGUCUACAUGGCAAA